UCUGCUCUCCCUCCUUCGGUUUUCUCACUUUUUUCUUCUGCGUUUUUCUGUAAUCGCCUCAAUCCUUCUUUCAACUUCAUUUCACCUUCCCAAUCUUCCUUGCCCGGUCCCAAUGUCCACUCAUACUUCAGCUUCCAACCGUGCUUCCCUGCUCGCUGGCCUUCGCACUGGGGGUGUGCGCUCCAAUUUCCCUCAGACCGCAGCUCCCGGUGCCUCUUUCAAUAUUCCCCGCCUCUCUGUCAGUCAGCACUCUGUAUACCCGGAGGAAGGAGAGGGACAGAUGUUGUUCGUCAAUCAGGCAGCUAGCCAACGCGCGAUGCCGAUGACAGCCGCCGUCGAUGGGGCAAGCAACCGAUUCCUGCAACAGCAGAAUCAUGGUGCCUUUUCCCCCGCUUUUGGGGGUCAGGCCAACCAGGCUCAGGCGCAGGCUCUGCAGAUGCAGUUGAUGCAGAUGGAGAUUCUCAGGAUGCAGGCUCUCCAGGCCCAGCAGUACCAAGCCCAGUUCCUGGCUCAGAGCCAGACGCAAAGGCGCCCGAAUUUUAACCCUCCCGCGACAGCCGGUCCGACUGGCUCAUUCAACAUUCACCCCCAAACUUCCAAUGCUCCAGCCAUGAGAACCUUGCGUCCUCAAGAGGAGGGUCAGGUGCCUAUGACUGCUGCUCUCGGGGGAAAAUUCGGAGCGCGCGCGAUUCCCCCGAUGGGUCGUUUCUCGACCGAGGAGUACAACGAGCAGCUGCCUGUACCUCCUACGCCGGGUACCGGGGUCAUCAGCGGAGGAACCGCGUUGGGUGUCGCCACCCCAGUUGUCCCCAAAUCGGAGACUGCUUCCAGCUGGAGACGUAACGGAACCAAUAAUUCGGUUCUCCGCACUGGGAACCGUCCGAACUUCAUUAAGAGUUCUUCCCCGCCCCGCCUUUCGCCUCCGGCUCUGGGAAAGACUCGUCCGCUGCCGCUGCAGAUCAACAGCGAGUCCGUGCAUCCUGUGCCUGCGGUCGCUGUUGAUGGAUCGGAAGGCGAAAAUGAUGAUGGUUACUCGACCAGUUCCUCGGAAUCUGUUGCAUCGAACUCCCCGCCGACUACUCCCCGCUCUUCUUCUUCGGACAUGCUGAGCGUCUCGCCCCCCAAGCAGGGCAAAGUCCUCAUCGCCGAGCUCGGUCUCGGAUCUGGGGCGCCCAAGAUUGUCGGGCAGAGACAGGUGAGCCAGCCUACCAGACAGCCUCGCGGGCCGCCUUCCGGUGCGGACGAAUUGGGGCCGCGCAACUUUGCCGGUCGUGUGGCCGUGCGAGUGGUUGUCGUUUGA